AUGGAGAAGAGUUACGUGCCCCUGUUCCUGCUGCUCCUUGCCGUCUCCUGUGCGCUGGCAAAGGAUGGGGGCAAGAAGGAGACAAAGGAGACUACCGCUAAACCAAAACUGCCUCAGACGCUCUCCAGAGGCUGGGGAGACCAGCUCAUCUGGACGCAGACGNNNNAACCAGGAACCUUCUCUUCCAGCAACAGCCCCCUGAUGAUUAUCCACCACUUGGACGACUGCCCGCACAGCCAAGCCCUCAAGAAGGUCUUUGCCGAACAUAAAGAUAUACAGAAACUGGCUGAAAAAUUCAUUCUCCUGAACCUUGUGUAUGAAACCACAGACAAGAAUCUUUCACCUGAUGGCCAGUAUGUCCCUCGGAUUUUGUUUGUAGAUCCUUCCCUGACUGUGAGAGCAGAUAUUACUGGAAGAUACUCAAACCGUCUGUACGCAUACGAGCCCUCUGACAUUUCACUGUUGUAUUCAAAUAUGCAGAAAGCUCUGAAGCUCCUGAAGACGGAACUGUAAGGGGAAAGAAGGAAGCCCUUAAAUACUAUGAAGUCUCAUCUUCCACCUCUUCUCCGUUCAUUGCAACUGGUGAAGAGACUAUUUAGAGCGAUACUCCGUGAUAUGUAGUGCUGGUUUAUACCCACAAACACUACAGUUUUACAUUAGCACUUUUGUACUGGGCGGCAUUUGUAAAAGCUGGAGGCUUUUAACUUAAGGCGUACAGAAGAAUACCGUAUGAUCCAACUGUAAAAAUGAUUUUUAAAAUAAUAAAUCCAUUUCAAAUGUUUACAU